AUGAGUGGUGAUGAUUCGAUAAAAAGAUACGACUAUCUAGUAAUUGGCGGUGGUUCUGGAGGUAUUGCAAGUGCUCGUCGGGCAGCCGAAUUUAAAGUAUCUGUAGGAUUAAUUGAAGAAACGCGACUUGGUGGUACAUGCGUAAAUAAGGGAUGUGUGCCAAAGAAAGUUAUGUAUAACUGCUCUCGCCAUGCAGAGACAAUUGCUGAUCAUUCCGAUUACGGUUUUGACGUGACACUGAACGGUUUCAACUGGAAAAAAAUAAAGGAUAGUCGUGAUGCGUACGUCAGGCGUUUAAAUGGAAUAUAUGAAUCAAAUUUAUCAAAUUCACAAGUUGAAUUGAUUCGAGGAAAAGCAUCGUUUACGGAAGAUGGUGUCGUUGACGUAGGUGGCAAAAAAUAUUUCGGAAAGCACAUAUUGAUAGCCGUCGGUGGGUAUCCAAAGAGGCCUGACAUUCCAGGAGCGGAAUACGGUAUCGAUAGUGAUGGCUUCUUCCAUCUUGAUGUUUUACCUAAACGUGCAGUAGUAGUAGGAGGUGGUUAUAUAGCGAUCGAAUUAUCAUCAGUAUUGUCGGCAUUAGGAUCUGAUGUUCAUUUACUGAUACGAAAACCAAGGGUUUUAUGGAAUUUUGAUCACACAUUGUCUGAAUGCUUAACAGAAUCCAUUGAUAGGGGGCCAACGAAACUUCACAAAAAUACGGAAGUAAAAUCAGUGGAAAGAAAGUCUGAUGGAUUGCUUACUGUUAAUACAACGAGUGGUAUCAUUAAUGAAGUAGACAGUUUAAUCUGGGCAGUUGGUCGCCUUCCUGCAACACGUGAUUUAAAUCUAGACUAUGUGAAUGUGAAAACCGAUGAAAAUGGCAAUGUGAUUGUUGAUGAGUAUCAAAACACUUCAAGCAAAAAUAUUUACGCAGUAGGAGAUUGCUGUGGAAAAGCACUAUUGACACCAGUUGCGAUUGCUGCUGGUCGAUGUCUUGCCCACAGAUUGUUCAACAAUGAAAUAAACAAUCGUUUGGAUUAUAAAAAUAUCCCUAGCGUUGUGUUUAGUCAUCCACCACUAGGAACUGUUGGACUUACAGAAGCGCAAGCUGUUGAUCAGUAUGGGAAGAACAAUCUUACAAUUUAUAAAACGAAAUUCAAUCCCAUGUAUUAUGCUGUUACUCAGCACAAAGAGCCAACAAUGAUGAAAUUAAUUUGUGCUGGUGAAAACGAACGGGUUGUGGGUUUACAUAUGCUUGGCGAGGGAUGUGAUGAAAUGCUACAAGGCUUUGCCGUUGCCAUCAAGAUGGGAGCGACGAAGAAGGAUUUCGAUAAUACAGUAGCUAUUCAUCCAACAAGUGCGGAGGAGCUAGUCACAAUGCGCAAUGGUAUCAAGGUCUGA